AUGAUGUUCGCGUUCAACGUUCUCGUCGCUCUUAUCGCAGUUUUGACAGAUAUUGCAGUUGCGCCAGCACCUGGUGCAGCUUCACCAGCGAAGCCUGAUGGCACUUCCGUCCAGAGUGCCACUGGAUCUGCACUUCCAUCGCCAAAUGGAUCUGCUAAUCCACCUAAUGCAUCAAUGAGUGUCGCCAGCAAUGUCUCCCCAAUCAGUUCAGCUGCUAUCAGCAAUUCUUCAAGCGCAAUUGCAGCACCGAAUACUAAUUCAAAUGGACCGGCUGCGGCCUCUCCAAAGACAAUCAAUUCGACCGAAAAAGCUCAAGCUCCAAUAAAAGAAAAUGCGCCAAACAAGAUUGAGCGAAAAUUGGCAGUUGUCAUGAAUGAUCAAACUCCAUCGAAUUCUACUUUAGAGCAACCCAAAAAUUCUGUUAGCUCGACACCAAAAUCCGACGACGAGAAGAUUGAUGAUGAUGCAACGAUGACCGAAAAAAUUCGGUCGGUAAUUGAGACAUCGGUGACGUCACUUAAAAACGCGUUUGUUCAAGUCGGAAAAUUCAUCGCUGAUAUUUUCUCGACAGAUAAGAGCAGCGAGCGAAAAACGAUCAAGAGCAUUCCGACUAGAACUACUUCCACAAAAUCGCCUACCACAACGACUCUUGUUGCUCAAACUAAUUCCUCUGCUCCUGUUAACACACCAACAAACAUUAAAACAGCGUAA